UCAUUUCCGAUGUGGGUGUUUCGAGCAAAAGGUGGAAUAGAAUAACCCCGUUGAGUUCAUAACGUCGUCAGAUAGUUUGAUUCAUUUCCGAUGUGUGAGUUUCAAGCAGGAGGUGGACUGAAUAACCCUGUUGAGUUCAUAACAUCGUGAGACAGUUCGAUUUAUUUUUGGUGUAGGCGUUUAGAGCAGGAAGUGGAAUAGAAUAACUCUAUUGAGUUCAUAACGUCGUUAGACAGUUUUGAUUUACUUACGGUGUUGGCGUUUCAAGCAAGAGGUAGAAUAGAAUUACCCUAUUGAGUUCAUUAUGUCGCAAGACAAUUCGAUUCAUUUUCGACGUGAGCGUUUCAAGCAGGGAUGGAAUAGAAUAAACCUGUUGAGUUCAUAACGUCAUGAGAUAGUUUGAUUCAUUUACUGUGUGGGUGUUUCAAGCAAGAGGCAGAAUAACCCAUUUAAGUUCAUAACGUCGUGAUAUAAUUUGAUUCAUUUUCGACGGGAGCGGUUCGAGUAAGGGGUGGAAUAGAAUAAUCCCGUUGAAUUCAUAGCGUCGUGAGAUAGUUUGAUUCAUUUCUUGUGUUGGCGUUUCGAGUAGGAGGUGGAAUAGAAUAACCCUGUUGAGUUCAUAACGUCGUCAUACAGUUCAAUUCAUAUGCUUUUCGAGCAAGACUUGGAAUAAAUAACCAUGUUGAGUUCACAACGUCGACAGACAGCUCAAUUCAUUUUCGAUGUGGACGUUUCAAGCAAGACGUGGAAUAGAAUAAUUCUCUUGAGUUCAUAACACCGUCAGACGAUUUGAUUCAUCUCCAAUGAGGGCGUUUCGAGCAAGAGGUAAAUCGAAUAACCCGGUUGAGUUCAUAACGUCGUCAGACGGCUCAAAUCAUUUUUGAUGCGGGCAUUUUAAGCAGGAGGUGGAACAGAAUAACCCUGUUGAGUUCAUAACAUCUUCAGACAAUUCGAUUUAUUUUUGGUGUGGGCGUUUCGAGCAGGUAGUGGAAUAGAAUUACUCCAUUGAGUUCAUAACGUCGUCAGACAGUUUGAUUCAUUUUCGAUGUGGGCGUUUCAAGCAAGAGGUAGAAUAGAAUAACCCUAUUGAGUUCAUAAUGUCGCAAGACAAUUCGAUUCAUUUUUGACAUGAGCGUUCAAGCAGAGGGUGAAAUAGAAUAAACCCGUUGAGUUCAUAACAUCGUGAGACAGUUCGAUUCAUUUCUUGUAGGCAUUUCGAGCAAGAGUAGAAUAGAAUAAGCCCAUUGAGUUCGCAACGUCGUUAGACAGUUCGAUUCAUUUCUAGUGUGGGCGUUUCGAGCAAUACGUGGAAUGCAAUAACCCCGUUAAGUUCAUAACGUCGUGAGACAGUUCGAUUCAUUUCCAACGUGGGCAUUUCAAGCAAAAGAUGGAAUAGAAUAACCCUAACUCUGUUGAGUUCAUAACGUCAUCAGACAGUUCGAUUUCAUAUCCGAUGUGGGCAUUUGAGCAUCGGGAGGACUUAUAAGGGUAUUUUGGUCACAAAAUUUUAUUAAACACCUGGGGGAAAGUCUUUCAAGACAUUGGGACUCUCUCACUUUCUCCUUCUCUGUCCAUUUUCUCCAUCGCCAAAUUUCUCCUACCCCCCCCCUCCACCCCACUCACCCCCACCCCCACCCCAAAACCCUUUUCUGUUAAGCACAAAUUGCAUGAAAAAAGGUCAAUUGUGAAGCUUAAUAUUGGUGUAUUGAGCUGAAGAAGAAGCGAAGGCUAUGCUUUUCGCUUCCGAAGAGCCUACAUUGUUUGAUAUGUAUAAGAAUCUUGGUAAGAAUCGACUCGUAUAUCGCAUUCACUUAUCAAACUACGUGAAAAAAGGCUUAGUAAAAGAAGCACUUCAAGUGUUCGACGAAAUGUCACAAUCAGAUUAUAGAGUAUUCGCUUCCGAGGAGUCUACAUUGUAUAGAAAUCUCGGUCACAUGGUGAAAAAAGGUUUAGUGAAAGAAGCACUCCAAGUGUUCGACGAAAUGUCACAAUCAGACUGUAGAGUAUUCGCUUCUGAGGAGUCUACAUUGUAUAAGAAUCUUGGUAAGAAGCGGCUAGUAUAUCGUAAUAACAUAUCGAGGUAUGUGAAAAAAGGGUUAAUUAAAGAAGCACUUCAAGUGUUCGACGAAAUGUCACAGUCAGAUUGUAGAGUAUUCAGCAUUGAUUAUAAUAGGAUUAUUGGUGUUUUGAUACGCACUUCACAUUUUGAUAUAGCUGAAGGUUAUUAUAACGAAAUGAAACCAGUGGGGUUCUCGUUAAAUUCGUUGACAUAUUCGAAAUUCAUUUGUGGGUUGUGUAAAAUCAAGAAUCUUGAUUUAAUUAAUAGGUUGUUAAGUGAUAUGGAUAGAGUUGGGAUUUUUCCGAAUUUUUGGGCUUAUAAUAUGUAUUUGAAUGUUUUGUGUAGUGAAAAUUUGGUUGACGUUGCGUUGGAGUUGAUUAAAGUAAUGGGAGAGAAAGGGAGAGAGCCUGAUGUAGUUAGUUAUACUAUUGUGAUUAGUGGGUUGUGUAGGAUUGGACGUUUCGAUAAUGCUGUUGAAAUGUGGUAUACGAUGAUUAGGAAAGGUUUGAUACCGGAUAAUAAGGCUUGUAAAGCUCUUGUUUUUGGGUUGUGUGGGAGUGGUAAGGUUGAUUUGGCUUAUGAGUUAACUUUGGGUAUUUUAAGGGGUCAAGUUAAAUUCAGUACGGAAAUAUAUAAUGCGUUGAUAAAUGGGUUUUGUCGAGCUGGAAGGAUUGAUAAAGCUCAAGCGAUUAAGACAUUCAUGAGGAGAAACGGGUGUGAACCUGAUUUGGUUACUUAUAAUGUGUUUUUGAAUUAUUGUUGUAACGAGCUUAUGUUGGAAGAAGCAGAGAAGUUGAUAGAGAAGAUGGAAAGAAAUGGGUUGGAACCUGAUGGUUAUAGCUAUAACCAGCUUCUUAGAGGUUUCUGCAAAGCGAAUAGAUUAGAUAAGGCGUCUAAGAUAAUGGUCGACAAGAUGGAGACCAAAGGCUUGGUAGAUAUUGUAUCUUAUAAUACUAUUAUUAGAGCUCUCUGCAAGACAGACCACAGUAAGAAGGCAUAUAAUCUCUUAGAGGAGAUGGAGCUAAAAGGAAUUGUCCCUGACGUCGUAACAUAUACAAUUCUUAUCGAAGCUUUUCUAAAAGAAGGCAAUUCUAAUGCAGCCAAGACACUUUUUGAUCAGAUGAUCGGCGCGGGCCUUUUUCCCGAUCGAGUACUGUACACUUCUAUUAUAGAUAACCUGUGCAAGACAGGUAAAAUAGGGAUGUCUCAGAGCAUUUUCCAUGAUAUGCUAGAACAGGGUGUUGCUCCUGAUGUUAUAUCGUAUAAUGCACUAAUUAGCGGAUUUUGCAAGGCUUCUAGAGUAACUGAAGCACUGGGUCUUUAUGAAGAUAUGCAAGCUAGAGGUUUGAAUCCCGAUGAAAUCACCUUCAAAUUGAUUAUUGGAGGUCUCGUACAGGAGAAGAACCUCUCAGCGGCUUGUGCAAUUUGGGAUCAGAUGAUGGAGAAGGGUUUUACGCUUGACAGAGAUUUAUCUCAGACUCUUAUUAAUGCAAUCAACUCAUAGGUUGAACAGUAUCCGGAAUGCUGUAAAAACUCAUUAUUUUAGACUUGCUAUGUUCGAGGAAAUGCCGAAGGUCAAGACAAGAAUACCAAAUAUUUUCAUAGGAUGAGCUGUGGCAAUUCUAUGAAAGUAUUUGGUAUUCUUAUCUAUCUCCUUGCUUGAGCCAUUGCACUCUUGACCUUAUACCCAAGGCAAAAAAGGACUGCUUCUUUAUCAGAGUAAAGGGUGGUAUGGAGUCCAUAUAUCUUCGGUGCUAUGUCACUUUCUUUUGGUAGACUUUAUAUGAUGUAUUCGAAAGAAGGAUGUCUCAUUAUUGAGUGCAGGCAUAGCGAAGAUAUUGCUGCAACUUGCAUUGUUGGUUUUAACAAGCCCGCCACUGGAGUCGUAUCCAGAGUGCAACAUUAGUUGAUCUGCUAAGACAAGUGUACCACUUUUAUCUGUUUCAAGUACUGUAGUCUUGCAUGUGGAUAAGUUUCAUGAAAAGAGCUAACCAGGAAAGUUUUUUCUGACGCUUAUGUGUGAGACGAUUUGAGCAAUUUCUACAUAAGCCGAUGAAGCUAUUUUUAAAUCA